CCUCUCUUUCCCUGGCCAUUUGUUUUUAACUUUUUAUUAUUCAGUUCAGUUUGAGGGUUCCAAUUUUCAUUUUCAAUUUCUAUUUCAAUUUCAAAUUCGCGCGAAGAAAGUUGAAGGUGGGUGUUACCGUAUUCUAUGGCGGCACCCAACAGCAACAACAACGCGACGCCGAAGCCCGGAACCCUAGGCGUUGGUGUAAUCCCUACUCCGCCUAAGUCUCAACGCGGCCACAACAAGCCCAAGUGCAAACAGUGUGGCAAUGUCGCUCGUUCAAGGUGUCCCUAUGAAUGUUGCAAGAGAUGCUGUUCUAGAAAUCAAAAUCCUUGCCACAUCCAUGUGUUAAAAGCUAAUUCGACUUUUCCCGACAAGUCACCCUCAUCUGGUAGCUCUCCACAUGAUCACCAACCCUUAGAACCUCCUCAAUCAACAAGUGCAGGAAGAGUUGCAUCACUUAGACAACUUUCAAAUAGUUUUGCUCAGUUCAAUAAUUUACACCUUUCACUUCGUUCGAAAAAGCCAUUGACUAGAAAGGAUGCUGUAGCUAUCAACGAAUGGAGAUUUGCCAAGUUAAAAGAAUACAAGGAACGGAAUAUUGAAGUGGAAAAUGAAGCUUUUGACCGAUACAUGCAGAAUGUAGAUUUACUGGAAGAAGUAUUAGCAGUGAAGUCGUUGGAUGACGAUGUAUCGUCUGCAUUGGAUGCUAAUCCUAGUCCAAUGGAGAGCAAUGAGACAAUGAUCCCAGGGCUAAAAUUGCAGCUAAGAUCAAACUCUAUGAGAAGUGAUGGUUUGAGAACGAGAAUACAACAAAUCGUAGAUGAGGGAUUAAAGAAGCUUGAGAGAAGUGCUGUAGAUGGUGACAUGGAUGAAUCAAUUGAUGAAGAAGGCAAUAAAGCUUCAAAAAGGGGAAAGGGGAUGGAAAGGUUAUCAGCUAUAAGUGAUCUUAUGGAUAAGAUCAAUAAAGCCCGAAGUGAGGAGGAUUUGAAGUCGUGCUUAGAGAUGAAGUCCCAACUCUUCAAUUUGGACGAAGGAUCUUGCGUGAUAGAUGAUCUUAAAGACAAUGAAAUUAUUGAGAAUCAAACUGCUGAAAGUGAGGUGGUACCACCAAAAGAAUUGGAUUAUUCUUUACCGAAAUUUGUUACCACCGCCGAAAUUGAUCAAGAAACUCUCAACACCAUAGACAAACACUUUUCUUCCCUUGAGGAUGUAGAGCAGUUGUGAGGCUAGAUUUCUUAAACGUUGAGAUUUACCUUGAAAGAAACAAAUAUAAAUGUUGUGUUCUAGGAAAAUGCCCUCUAAUUAGAAUCAGGUGCCAAAUGCAAGUAAAAAAUGUUUAAAAAUUAAUCGGGACACUUAAACCAGUUGAAGUGUGAACUGAUUAUAUUCAGUUUCAACGUUAUUCAUAUCAAUUGCGAUUCUGAUUAAUCAAAUAAUGACUUGAAAA